AUGAGAGGGGAUGGUUUUGGUGCGGGCCUCCAGGGGCGCGGCGCUGGGCGUUUCGACCGUGGCCGCGGCCGCGGCCGCGGCUUCGACUCCCACGUCUGGAAGCGCAAGACGGAGAUGGGGAGUUCCUCCACUACGAACGACAAGUGGGAAGAGGUGGCCGGCGGUCUGCAGGACCCCCAAGAGACGGCGGCGUCUGAGGGGCGGCAGGAAGCUCCUCCCCAUCGUCAAGAGAUGCGUGGUGGAGAUAGCGGAAGCGACAAGGUGCACCGCGUCUUCGACAAGAACAACGUCUCUGCCAUGAACCGCGAGUACUCCUCCUCUGGUAUUAUCGCUCCACCUUGUGAUGCUUGUCAGAUCUGCCAUCUACCUGGGCACUUUACUGUUAGAUGCCCUCAAGCUUUCUGUGAGAGAUGUAAGAAAAGAGGUCACUUAUCCUUUGUUUGCAAUGAGUUCUUCCCUUGGGAUCACACGCCUGUGAUGUGUGCAUUUCAAACCAAGGGUCGGGGUUUCUUUUACAUUCCUGACUACAGCGUGGAUAGGCAGAGCAGGGAUAACGUUUUCAAUAUAGUUGUCACCAUUAUUGAUGGCUCGGCUCAGACCAAAGAUAUUGAGCAUGAGCUAAGUGUGUAUGUUGGCCAGGGGUGGCGUUGCUCUGCUAGAUUCUUUGCUCCUCAGAAGUUUGUAAUGAGAAUGCCGAAUCCUAGAGAGGUUGACAGAGCUCUUUUUGUUGAAAAUAUCAAGUUGAAAAAUUGUGGGGUUAGUGUCAAGUUCUCUCCCUGGUCUGAGGAUAUUGAUUCUGAGGGACUGUUAGAGAUUGCUUGGGUUAGGAUUGGGAAAAUUCCACCUAACAAGAGAUGUGACAAAACUGUUGCUUAUGUGGGAGGGUUAGUUGGAAUUACCCUGGAAGUUGAUAUGUCAACUAUAAAUCGUCCCUCUUCUGUCAGAGCUAAAAUUGGUUGUAGAUCGAUAGCUCAACUUCCUGCCACUGCUGAAGGGGUGCUUGCAGGACGCUUCUACAGGUUCACUUAUGAAGUUGAGGAGGUUUUGGGUGGCAAGGCCUGUCGCCUGCUAUACGAUGAUAAGGAGGGAUCUCCCUCUACUGAAAAAAUUGAGGAAAAAAUGAAAGAAGAUGACAUGGAUUCCUCUAACUGGAUUGUCCCUAGAAAUCCUGAUGUCAUGGAGACUACUGUUCAAGAUAUACAGGUGAAAGAAGUCAUACAUAAUAAAUUUGCUUCGGCUUGUCAAACUGCUACUAACCCUUCUCAGAUUGUGGAGGUGACUGGUGAGGUGGACCCUGGGCUAAAGACUUCAUGCAGCUAUAUGGUACAACUCCCAUCUUCUGAAAACAUGGAGGAGAUCAUUCUUACCCCUCCACUAGCGCCUGAAGCCCCACUGAGAUUCAGCAAACGUAACGCCUCUGGGAUGCAGGACAAGAUUGAGGACAAGGCCAAGAAACUGGCUAGUAAGAAAAAUCUGGAAGGUGACAAUGAGUUGAUUAGUAGAGCUAAUAAGAUAGGGGUAGACAUACCCAAUGAUAAUUUCGCUGUUGUUGACAUUAUUAGAGAGCUUGAAUGCGCCCGAAAAGAAUUAGAAGAUAAAAAGGAAGAUAACAACACUGAAAUAGUACGGGAUAACUUGAUUGUGACAGACAGUUUGGGUAGGAAAACCCCUGUGAAUUUCGAAUGGUUGGACCAGGAAGAACAUAUAUAUGAACAUAUCUCUUCUGUUAACCUAAGAAAAAAAACAUAGCAAAUCUGCUGUAAAAUUCCUAGGCCUAUGACUAGGAGUCAGAAAAGAAACACUUCUGAGGAAGACUUGUUAGGUAACCCUGCCCCGUCUCCUGGUAGGGUUACUCAGGCCAAAUUCCACAAAAAACGUUCCAAAUGAGAGGACUCAUUUGGAACUGUCGAGGGGUGGGCAAGAAAGGGAUGGCCACCUGCCUCUCAGACAUGAUUAGUGACCAUUCCCCUGACUUCUUAGGUCUGCAAGAAACUAUGAAGAAAGAGUUCACACCUAAAUGUUUGAGGAGAAUUGACCCCUUUGACAUAUUCCAGUGGAACUGGGUGCCUUCUAUUGGCAAAUCUGGGGGCAUUUUGU